UCACACAAUUAGCAAUCCAUUUUGCACUUCUAUCCAAUUACUUCGAUAUACAUAAAUUUCUAUGGCUUUUAGAUCACUGUUUAGUCUAAAAUCCACAGUUAAUCACUUGAAGAGAAGGUGUUCUUCACUAAAUUAUGCAACAUCAGCCACGUCAAAACUUAAGGGAGCGUCACCACUCCGUCUCAAAGAGAUUGUUCCCAAGUCACGGAAGGGAGAUUUUGUGCCAGUAUGUAUGGCGCUAGGGAUGAUCGGACUGUCAACGAGUUUCGGGAUACAGACGGCGAUGCAGCAGCUGAGGCGAGCCCCUAAUGUACAUGUGAAGAAAUCAAGAAGGGAGACUCUGCCUGAACUAGUGGAACCAGAGCAUGUAGCUGAAGAGGCUGAAAAGUUUGUUAAUAAAUCUCUGUUUCGAAAGGUGGCUCAUGCUAGCACUAGCAGUACUCGUGGAAACAUUUAUACCAAGAAGCCGGGUGUGGAGACGUUGAAAACUAUAGGAGUAGAUCCGUAAAUGAAAGGCUUGGUUAUGUUGCAUUUUGGACUUCAAUUUCUAAUCUGUAAAAGAUGGUGAAAUGUUUUUGUGUUGAACUCAUAUAUUUAGGGAAACUUACGUAAAUAUAUUAUAAUAAAAUUAAUAAUUAUUAUUUUGAAAUGUAUUAAUUUAUGUAAUUUUUCUUAUCUUAGUUGAUGUUUUAAGUAUA